GUGUCCCCCUGCGCCGCGUGACCGUCAACUGACGUGGCCCAUCCCUCCUCUCUUCCCCCCACCUCGCCGCCGGCGAAUUCCUCGCCUCCGCCGCGACCGAGCCCCCGCCGCUCUUGGGGCUUCGCUCGCUUCUCCAGCGCAACCCUCCCCCCCCUCCCCCGCCGCCGCCCUCACACAGGGUUCUCUUGCGGGUUGGGGAUCUCAUCGCGGCGGCGGCGGCGGACUAAUAAGGGAUUCCGGCCGAUGGCGUGGCGGCGCGUCCUUUCGCAGGUCGCAAGGAACCGAUCCGCAUAUGCAAUCUGCAAUGAAAUAAUAUAUGCCAACCCAUCGAGGAUUCUUAGAGGUGACACCAUAGCAGGUGGAACACUUAGAAACUUACAUGAGAGGUAUCAGUCAAGCUAUGUUGGUAGCUUUGCACGCAGGAUGCGACAGAUGGACUCACCAAGUGAAGCCUCUCUGCUGAAAGAAAUAUAUAGGAGUGAUCCAGAACGUGUCAUACAGAUAUUUGAAAGCCAACCUUCAUUGCAUUCCAAUCCUUCAGCACUUGCUGAGUAUGUAAAAGCUCUUGUCAGGGUUGAUAGGUUGGAGGAUAGCACCUUGCUGAAAACAUUGCAGAGAGGAAUUGCUGCUUCAGCAAGGGAGGAAGAAAACCUUGGUAGUGUUUCAGAAAAUCUUGGUAGUGUUUCAGCAUUUAGAAGUGCUGGUCAAGUGACAAAAGAUGGAAUUCUUGGCACUGCAAAUGCACCCAUUCACAUGGUUACAGCAGAAACAGGUCAAUUUAAGGAACAGCUUUGGCGUACCUUUCGAAGUAUAGCGCUAACAUUCCUCCUGAUUUCUGGCAUUGGAGCUCUUAUUGAGGAUAGAGGAAUAAGCAAAGGCCUUGGUCUAAAUGAAGAGGUUCAACCAAGCAUGGAAUCUAAUACGAAAUUCAGUGAUGUAAAGGGUGUCGAUGAAGCCAAAGCUGAACUUGAGGAAAUAGUUCACUACCUCCGAGAUCCCAAGCGUUUUACACGUCUUGGUGGAAAACUGCCAAAAGGUGUCUUGCUGGUUGGUCCUCCUGGCACUGGAAAGACCAUGUUAGCAAGGGCUAUUGCUGGGGAAGCUGGUGUUCCUUUCUUCUCAUGCAGUGGUAGUGAAUUUGAGGAGAUGUUUGUAGGCGUAGGAGCUAGAAGAGUCAGGGACCUUUUUGCUGCAGCUAAAAAACGUUCUCCCUGUAUCAUAUUCAUGGAUGAAAUUGAUGCGAUCGGUGGGAGUAGAAAUCCAAAGGAUCAACAGUAUAUGAAGAUGACGUUGAACCAGUUGCUUGUCGAGCUGGAUGGCUUUAAGCAGAAUGAGGGGAUAAUUGUUAUUGCUGCAACCAACUUUCCUGAGUCCCUAGAUAAAGCACUAGUGAGACCUGGGCGCUUUGACCGGCAUAUUGUUGUUCCAAAUCCAGAUGUUGAAGGCCGGCGGCAAAUCCUAGAGUCCCAUAUGUCAAAGGUCUUGAAGAGUGAUGAUGUGGAUUUGAUGAUCAUUGCCAGGGGAACACCUGGAUUCUCAGGUGCAGACCUUGCUAACUUGGUUAAUGUGGCUGCUCUUAAAGCUGCCAUGGAUGGGGCAAAAGCCGUUACAAUGAAUGAUCUUGAGUAUGCCAAGGACCGGAUCAUGAUGGGCAGUGAGCGCAAGUCAGCAGUUAUUUCUGAUGAAUCCCGGAAAUUGACGGCGUACCAUGAGGGAGGGCACGCCCUUGUUGCCAUCCACACUGAAGGUGCUCACCCUGUUCACAAAGCUACCAUAGUUCCCAGGGGAAUGGCCCUUGGAAUGGUGGCCCAACUCCCGGAUAAAGAUGAGACAAGCGUGUCACGGAAACAGAUGCUGGCAAGGCUGGAUGUGUGCAUGGGAGGGCGGGUGGCGGAGGAGCUUAUUUUUGGGGAUAGCGAGGUGACAUCUGGCGCUUCAUCUGAUUUUCAGCAAGCAACUGCAGUGGCAAGAGCAAUGGUAACCAAAUAUGGUAUGAGCAAGCAGCUUGGCUUUGUUUCUUACAAUUAUGAGGAUGAUGGAAAGAGCAUGAGCACCGAAACGAGACUCCUGAUUGAGAAGGAGGUCAAGUGUUUCGUGGAGAAUGCUUACAACAAUGCAAAGAAUAUUCUCAUCAAACACAACAAGGAGCUCCAUGCUCUAGCCAAUGCGCUGCUUGAGCACGAGACGCUCACCGGUGCCCAAAUAAAGAACAUAUUGGCCCAAGUAAACAACAAGCAGCAGCAGGAGCAUGCUAUUGAAGCUCCACAGAAGACACCAGCUGUACCAUCAUCUCCAGCUGCAUCAGCUGCAGCGGCAGCGGCAGCUGCAGCAGCCGCAGCACAGCAAGCUGCAGCGAAAGCGAAGGGUGAAAUCGCCGGUAUCGGAUCUUAGCAGUCACCAAAUGAUGUUGGAUCGAUUGACAGCUCUUGAGGAUCACGAAGAGUUUGCUAAUGCUGCUGCAGUCAUCAAUAGAACAUAUUGAUUGUGUGUAAGCUGUUAUUUCGUUUCAUGUUCCUCAAGUGUGUGGUAAGAAAACAUAAGAGAAAUCAUAACAUUGUAGAAGGCACAUUUAGACUCUGCUUGAUAUGUGAAUUUUUGUAUCACAUGGCCACACACACGGAAAUACUGUUUACAUCCUAAUAAUUUUCAGCUACCUUAGACGUUGGAUGGUUAUACCUAACAGAGAACCUGUUGUAUUUGUCUAGAAUGGUAGCUCCAGAGUCCAUUUCUUUAGCCCUGUGAUGCUCCCUUGUUGUACUGUAUGUUCUGCAAGUUGACAAAAGAAGUUUUUCUGUAUCUUUGCUGAAUUGCCGUGUAAUGACAAACAGUAAUGUUGGGGCCAGAUA